AUGAACGACGCGCGUCUUGAUGAUCCCUCAUCGUCCAAGGCACUUCUUCCUUCAGAAAUUCCAAGCUCAGGUAGAAAUUAUCAGACAAUACAUGAUCCUCAGUUGGGCCGUAACAAAGAGAUGUUGCGGCGGUAUGAGACUCACCCUCGGCGCUCCACGACUGACCCCCGAAUGCUCUCACACCAUAACAAGCCACCAAAAUCGUCCCGGCUUAAGCCACGGAAACAUCUCGAACAUUUGCAUUACAAGUACGACGAUCAUUCAGUGGGCCCACCGCCACCGCGAGAAAUCGUCAUUUGUCAUCUGUCGCCACUGACGACGCCUGCGCCUGUUUUGCAGCAGUGCCGUGCUUUUGGCGCUAUCGACGCAAGCGAGCUUAAAGUUGAUCCUCAGACUGGUGAGAGUAUUGGCAUCAUGUGGGUGUGUUUCGGGGGACCUCGUUUAGAUGAUGCUUCAGAGGCAGCGUCUAAUGCGAGGCGCGCGCUUGACGGCCAGAGAAUGGGUCCUGCCUUUGUCCAAGUUUUCCUUGACCACGAUCGAAAGGUGUACGUGCAGCAGUACAGAGCGCUUUUGAAGGAACGUUAUGCGCGCAAACAUCAGGCACUCGCACGAGAACGUGAACAUGAACAAAAGCGUCUACGCGAGGAGCUUCGUGAGCGUGAGCGUCAAAUUAGGAGUAGUAUGCGAAAGCGUCCCAACUCGUAUGAGCCGCAUUCUCACUCAAAGAAUGAGCCCAUGUCAGCGGUUAUUGCACAUCGGUUGUCGAAUCUUGGGCACCCUUACAUUUUCAUUCCGCGUAUGUUUUCGAAUACCACGGAUGCAGAAUCUAUUCGAGCUUAUUUUUCUUCUUUCGCGCCUGUUCUCGUUGAGCGGGAUCAUCUUGGGUGGUACGUGGGGUUUGAAGAUCAUGAUGCAGCGUUUCGAUGCAAAAUGGUCUUGGGUUCCGGAACUCUUCAUGGAUGUCGACUUCGAUUUGACAUUCGCGAACCAGAAGACAGAGGAUCGAAUACAGAACCUUCAUUGACCCCAAAUCCUGCUUUACCUUUGUCCUCGGAGAAGAUACGACCUACAUCCACAAAAACGACAUGGUCAACAGACGAACUCGUAUCAGAAGCCACUUCAAGAAUUCUCGCUGAUUUUACAUCUAUAAUCUUGCGCGACAUAAAAACUCGAACCGUGACGCCUCUUAUCGCACAUUUCCUGCGCUCAGAUGGCAAGGGAGGAGCUAUCAUAGCAAGUCACAAAUCACACUCUCUAUCUCGCUCUACUUCUUUAGGAAGCGUGAUCCCUUCGUUUCGUCGCCUCGACUCAAUUCCUAAGCGAGCCCCUGUCGAUCAAAAGGGGGCUGUUCAGGACAAAUUGUCCCUCACCUCGGAUUCACGUGCUUUUCUCGACCCUGUUGGAAUCGGACUAGCUCAGGAUGAUGAAGAAAUGUAUUUACUAGAUUUGGUGCUUCGCGGACAACAUGCACAAGAAUGCCCCCCCAUUGCCACUCCAGAUGCUCCCGAUCUACAUGAAGCAGGCAGUGCGCGUGCACAGGGCUUCUAUCGAAUUCCCGCUGCAGAGAAAGCUGCGCAUUUGGCGGAUCGAAAUCGGGCAGUAGUGGAAGCAACAAGUGCCACUCGUUCUCUCGCUUCUGCAAGAAAUAACCGAGCUGACUCACGUCGCCUCGCACUUGAUAUUGAACAAAAUCGGCGUGAGACCCUUGCAGAUACCGAUAUCUUACACGUCAACCAGCUUCAAACACGAAAGAAACAGUUGCGUUUCGCUAAAAGUCCCAUACACGACUGGGGAUUAUUCGCGAUGGAGCACAUAUCUGCCGGUGAUAUGGUUAUUGAAUACGUUGGAGAAGUUGUUCGCCAGCAAGUUGCCGAUCAUCGUGAGAAGAUGUAUGAACGAUCAGGCAACUUCAGUACUUAUCUAUUUCGUGUCGACGAUGACGUCGUAGUAGAUGCAACUCGGAAGGGAAAUAUUGCUCGUCUAAUGAAUUGCCAAACAGACUGUUCUCCCUGGGCAGGAGUUGACUUACGACUACAAGUGUGCGUGGAAUUAUAA